UGUAUGACACAUGAGGAACAAUGAAGACGACCUAACCCUGAAAGUGAAAGCUGAAAGCUGAAAACAGACGGGCAGACGGACAGACGGACAGACAGAGAGUCACUGUGUUCACACUAACAACAGUAGUUGUAGUUGUAGAGGAGCUCUGCAGUAUGGAGUUUAUCACAGACGUCACUAUCACCAUUGAUGAAGCUGUUUUUGAAAACCCUGGAUCAUUACUGAGAAUUCUUAAGUCUUACAGUCCUGAGAAAAAAGGUUCCAGCUACAAAGUGAGUGGAACCUAUAAAGACGUGGAGAGGCUUUCAACCGAAUUGUCAGCUGCGAGGGACUCCAGUCCUGCUGCACAUGGACGAAUCUGUCAGCAAGAUGAACAGGCUUCAACUCGUGUCAGCUAUGUGGAUGUAUCUGGGGUUGUUAUGGCCUACAUUGAGCAAAAGUGUGAACAAGAACUUAACCGAAUUAAAGGGAAUAGUUUUGUCAUUGAAACACAGCCUGACCUCAGAACAGUACACAAUAAACCCAAUAGCACAGUACGGGUGACUUUUAGACCACGCAAAGGCACCAUACCUGUUCAUGCUGACUUUGUCAGACAGCGAUUCAUCACAUUCUACCAGAGAACUGCCUCCGACCUGCAGGUCACAUCUGUCUCUGUGAGCGCACAUGACCACAAAGACCUGCGGAAGAGGUUUCCACACCUCCUUUUUAAACCAAGCCACCACAACAAAAACAAAGUAACAGUGACUGGGUCUUUUGUGCACAUUGCUAAAUUAAACGAGUUAUUUUUACAAAAUUCACAAAUCUCAAGCAAGAGUCCAGUGAGCAAGAGUCCAGCAGGCACUCAAAGCAGCCGAGCCUCAGGUCCUUCACCUGCACGCAGCAAAGAACCUGAGGAUGAACCAUGUCCAAUCUGUAUGGAGCCAAUAGUGGCAACAGAGAAAAAGACUCUAAACUGCAAGCACUCGUUCUGUAGAGACUGUCUGAAAACAGCUUUCAACUACAAGCCUGUGUGCCCGACAUGUGGACAGCUGUAUGGCGUUUUGAAGGGGACACAACCUGAUGGAGGCAAAAUGGAAGUUACCAGAAAUGCUUCAUCUUUGCCUGGAUAUGAGAAAUAUGGAACAAUAAUCAUCAGUUAUUACAUUCCAAGCGGCACCCAAACGGAGGAGCAUCCUAACCCUGGUCAUCCAUACGAAGGAGCAUCCCGUACAGCCUAUCUCCCAGACUCCUCAGAGGGCAACAAGGUCCUGAAACUGCUGAGACGAGCCUUUGAUCAGAGACUCAUCUUCACUGUUGGUCGGUCCACCACCAGUGGCAGGAGCAAUAUGGUCACAUGGAACGAUAUUCAUCACAAAACCUCAGUAUAUGGAGGACCAACUCACUAUGGAUACCCAGACCCUGAUUAUCUCAGCCGAGUUCGAGAUGAACUGAAGGUUAAAGGGAUUGAAUGACUUUAAGGUUUGUCAACACAUGAAUGUAGAGCUAACACAUGACACAACUAUCUCAAAAGCGUGAUGUACUGACAUCCCACAUUGUAAAAUGCACUCUGACACUACAAACCAGGAGGGAAAUUUCUUUUCACAUUUUUAAUUCUAAUUAUUGUUUAUUGACUUGUUUAUAUUUUAUUGACUUUAUUUGUUUGAAAUAACUCAAUAUGGCUGGGGAGUGAUAUGUCAACAGUUGAUUUUUAUUGGUCUAAUGUAUGUCCUUAAACUCAGAGUUCCCACGUCCUGGAAAACCUGGAACAUCUUGAAAUUGAGAGGCUUGUUUUCCAGUUAUGGGAAUUGAUUAAAAUAACCAAAUAUCCUGGAAAUGUUUGUAUUUUAAGUCCUCACACAGAUCGCCUAUGUAAACCUAUGGUGUGUAUUUUAUUUCUACACGUGUGAUAAUAUAUGCACAGCAAUGUUGAUUGUAUGUGCAAUUACCACUUUAACUUACUGGCAUGUUAUGUAAAAUAAAAUACAUCCUACCUGAUGUGAAUUAAAUGUAAAAUGUAAGAUGUAAAUUAUUGUAGUCAAUUUGCCCAAAACCGCAGCUUAUAUAAUAUAUAUUAUACUUGUAAGCAAGUGCUGUCUGUUAUUAUCAAAAAAAGAGUGGGAACCCUGUAAACUUCAUGAUAUGUAAGUAGUCUAAUUUGGGAGUGAAGCAAAGAGCUAACUGGGCUUGCUUGCUAAAUACAGUAGAUUGUAAAUCAAAAAAUUAUUUCAAUUCACUGUAUUCUGUCAAUGCACAGGUAGUACUGGUAAAAUUAUUUAAUGUUAGGUUGUGGGGAUUUAAAGGUGUUUUAGGUGAAAUCUGUAUUUUGGCUAAAUUCCUGUCAUGGGGGCUGAAAGUAGGGGAUGGGGGUGAUGCACAUGUACACAGGUAUUUAUGGCAGGGAAGAUGUUUUGCCUUGUUUUUAUAAUUUUAUCUGCUAAAACAUUCUAAUAUUUAUGUAAAAUGUUGUUAAUUACUAUUAAAUAGGGUAUAAAUUACCCCCAAAUCUGA